GUGACUCAACCGUCAGCUAAAAUGGGCAAGAUUAUCUUCUAUGAGGACAGGAACUUUGGUGGCCGUCACCAUGAGUGCAUGAGUGACUGUGCCGACCUGCACUCUUACUUCAACCGCUGUCACUCCAUCAGGGUAGACAGCGGCAUGUUCAUGGUCUAUGAUCGUGCUAACUAUAUGGGACACCAGCACUUCCUGAAGAGGGGAGAGUACUCUGACUACCAGCGCAUGAUGGGCAUGACUGACUGCAUCAGGUCUUGCCGAAUGAUCCCCAUGCAUCGCGGCUCCUACAGAAUGAGGAUGUACGAUCGUUCUGAUAUGGCUGGCCAGAUGAUGGAGCUGAAUGACGACUGCCCCAACGUCAUGGAUCGUUUCCAGAUGUCCGACUGCCAGUCCUGCAGCGUGAUGGACGGCCACUGGCUGAUGUACGAGCAACCCAACUACAGGGGCAGGCAGUACUACCUGAGGCCUGGAGAGUACAGGAGGUACAACGACUGGGGAGGCAUGAGCCCCAGGAUCGGCUCCAUCCGACGCCUCAUGGACCUCUAAUGACAACAGAAUCCUCUUCAAGAUUCUACUGUAUACCUUUUUUCACACGUUGAAUAAAAUGGUUGCAGCGUC